AUGGAAAGUGUGAAGAAACUGUUAUCGGAUCGAAAACUCAACAAAACAGAACUUUUUGUGCAUCACAGUCCGCCGAAAUUGCUAGGAGUAGUCUCCGCUACCGAACUUCGUAAAUGGCUUCGUGGUGGAACUGAAGGCAAGCUGGAACGAGCUGUGUUGAAUGGGCAGGGGCAGCGUUUGCUUUUAGAAGCGGAGACUUUGCCCCUUUCGAGAUAUCUCAUUAAUCUGGUCGCUAAAUGCAAAGCUUUGCAUGCUGCUGUUGAAAGGGGAUCACUUCUUGAUCUACAAGAACUUCUAGAAUCUGAUUACAAUCGUAAUAAGCUGUCAACGUGCUGUGACGAAGCUGGAGUGGGCUUGCUACACAAAGCUGUGUACUACAACUACACGGAUAUCGUAGAAUACCUCGUCAAAUAUUUCCAACACCUCGUGCACCAAAGAGAUUCGGAAGGUCGUAUAGCUCUACACUACACAGCGGCGUGCCACGAUGAAGCGACGAUGGCCAGCCUUCUGGAGGGUGCGGGGGCGUCAAGGGGCGCGCGGGACGCCGCUGGACGUACACUGGCCCACUACCGGCUGGCUCGCACUCUGCUCGUGUUACCCGCCGCUGCAGACAUGCCGACCCGACCAAACCCUCCCGGUUUGGUGAUAAAGCGGCACAAUAUCCGAAUAUGGUGCCACGAAUGCGACAUGGGGCGGCUCCAACGAGUCAUUUGGGAUGGGCAGGGCUCGAGACUACUAAGCGAAGUGUCCAACCAACCAAUAGUCAAGAAAUUUCUAGAAGCCGUGCCAUAUAUGAUGAACACAAUCAAGGAUAUACACAACGCAGUCAUUCAAAAUGAUCUGGAGAAUGUAAUUAGACUCACAAAUAGCCCGGUACCAUCGCAGAUUUUAUCCAGCAAGGACGUGAAUAAUAUGACAGUUUUUCAUAAGGCGGCCGGAUUGGGGCAUUGCGGAAUCCUAAAGUACAUAAUUGAAAGAUAUCCUCAAGGCAUAAGUGAGCAGGAUAAUGAGGGACGAACACCUUUACAUUAUGCUGCCAUUGUUCGAGAUGAUCAACACACAUUCAAAACACUUAUUGGCUUUGGAGCUGACGAAGGAGCCGUAGAUAAUAAAAAUAAGACUCCAGCUUACUACAUCAACAGACCUCAAGAGUUAGAUAGAAACAGUUUGAAGGUAUUGCCCGAAGCUCCCAGAACACCGUCCAGUACCUAUCCGUCAUCUUGGGAUUGGAAAAUUCUUGAUACUGAGUACACAUUUGAAUUAAAUAAGAAACCGAAAAGAAAGAAUUUUAAAACAUCUUCCGAAAACAUCUCAUCCAAAAAUACUCUUUCUGAAAGCACAGAAAAUCUAAACGUUAUGAAAAAUAGCAGUACACAUGAAUUAAUAAAUAAUUUACCAGAACUAAAUGAUAAUGAUAACGGAACAAUACACGAAGAACACAUUGAAGACAAAAGUGAUAGCUAUACAGUAGAAAAUCCGACAAAGGAAACAAAGACUAUCGAGGUUAAUACAACCUCCGGUGAAAAUGACAAGCAAACAGAUGAAGAAAAGCAACUAGAACAAACUUUCGAGGAAAAAGAAGAUAAUAAGGAUACGGAUAACGAUAAUGAAAUUGAAGGAAGUCCGCCAGAUAAUAUAGAACAUAUAAAUGAAGAUAAUGUUGAUUUAGAUGAAGAAGUAAAUAAUCCAAAAAUAAAUAGUCCAGAAUACACUGAUCAGACUGAAAAUAAAGAGAAUAGCAAUUUAAUUUCCAUAGAAAAUAUAACUAAUAAUAAUGAAAAUGAAAAUAUUGUGAGUGAUGAACAUAAUUCUGAAUUUAUGCCUCAUACAGAAAAUAGACAGAUCAACGAAGAGGAUAAAAUUAGCUCCAGUGAAGUUGCAGGAAAUGAAGACGAUGUACGUAAAACCGAUUUGGUAGAAAAUAGAAGUACACAGGAUUUCGAAAAUGAAAAACAUCUUAAUGAGUGCGAAACAAAAGAAGCACAAGUAACUGAUAUUCAAGAAAAUGAAACGAGAAAUGAUGAUAACGACAUUCAAGAUCGACAACAAGACGUCGUUGCAAUACAAAGUAAUGGUUAUAACAACGAAAUGAAUAUAGAUUCAAACAAUGGUGAGGUUCAAAAUGGAUAUAGUGAAAAUAAAAAUGAUAUUGAAAAUCACAGAUCCAUAGAAGAAACAACUGUUUUGGAUGAUAAAGGUAAUACAAAAAUUGAUCACAGUGAAGACGAUGAUGACGUACAAGUACAAGGAAACAAUGGUCGAAAUAGUCAGGAGAGUCUAAUUGAAGGUAUUGUGAGUAGCGAAGCGGAAAAGGAUUCACAGGACGCAAGUGUUUUAAAACAAAACUCAGUACAUCACGAAGAUUUACUUGACAAUGAAAUAGAUCCCGAAGUAACUGAAUUGAUAAAUACGGCAAAUAUGGAAAUGUUGGCGACAUUAGUAUUAAAUGGGGAAGGAGCGAGGUUAAUUGGCAGGCAUUCGGAUAAUUUAGAGUUACAAUCGUUUUUGGAAAACGUGCCCGCGUAUAUGCAAAAAAUAAACAGGGUGCAUAUAACAGCAAGGGACGGAAAUAUAAGUGAGCUUCAAUCGGCGUUGGAUAGAAGAAAAUUUGCCAUUGCUCGGGAUCCCAUAUCAGCGAAUGGUGCGACUCCGUUACAUGUAGCUACCGUAUUCGGCAAAACUAACAUUAUUAAAUAUUUGGGUGGAAGGUUUCCUGAAACUUUGUCAGCUGUUGAUUUCGAAGGACGCACAGCAUUACAUUAUGCAGCAGUUUUACCAGAUAAUGGCCAUUAUUAUCACUUACUUCAACAACUUGGAUCUAAUUCUAAAGAUCUAGAUGAUAACGGGCGAUCUGCAGAUGACUAUUAUAAAGACCCAAACUUACUGCCGUUUAAUCAACUGUUAAACGAUUUUGGUAUAAGUAACGAUGUCAUUAAAGAGAUGUUUUCAGACAGAGUGGCAGAUGACCGUGUUUCAAGUCGCCGGAACCUGGAUAUUCCAGAAGUGAUAGAAACAUUGCACCGUUGUUACCAACUUCUGACUUCGGCGAGAUCAACAAGAACUCCUUUAUCUGCCUCAUCAAAUAAAGCGACACCGCCGCUAGUUCUCGGAAGGUUCCUCAAAAAAUCCACAUUUGAACUGAUAAAGACUCGUAUUACAAAACUUGAUCAUGACCUCUUCGAUGUUAUUUGGCCAGCUGUUAAAAAGAUACCAGACACACGCAACGUAAUACAAACGGUGGAAGAAGACUUUCCAGGUGGCGUCACCGCUCCAGAUUAUUACGUAUAUGAUGUCUUUAGUGAAUUUUUAACACCACUUAUCAAGGAUUUGCAUAACAUUAACAUUUCUUACGACUUGCCAUUUCACCCUCCGUCAGAUUUCAUUAGAGAUACAGCAAUUACAAAUUCUUUACAUUCUGAACCUUUAGUUGAAAUUAACGUCGAUCCAACUGAAGAAUUGCUGAUCAAAAAGGGGGGGAAUUAUUAUACAUUAAACGAAGUGUUGGAAAAGCCCUCUGAAAUUAGUGCCACAUUAGCUGCGGCAGGGUUGCUUAUAUCUCUUUGUGACAGGGAUGAAAUUGAUGACUAUAGACGGCUACAUGGAAGACACUGGCCUUACGGACGCGGUGUAUACUUAAGCGAUGAUAGAACUGUAGCUGCAUGGAUUAAUGUGCAUGACCACUUAAGGGUCAUUGUUUCAAAUCCGAGCGAUAACCCCGGGGAAGUCGGUCUACCAUUUAGCAAACUAUCAUACAUUAUGACGCAUAUUCACGAUAAACUUGAUUUCGCGUGGCAUGAUAGAUUAGGUCAUUUGUCAGGCGUAAACGCGACGGACGGACACUUGGACAUUCCCAUCUUCCACACGGAAGAAGGCAGAUAUCUGGCAAAGUCACUCGGCGAUCCUUUGAUAAAAGGUCUGACAGAAGUGGCAAAUGUUAAACCGAAGGAUCCGAUCGCGUUUCUCGCUACAUUCCUUCAUAAUUUCCCUGAUCACGAAAAGCCCCGAUUAGGUACUCAGGAGACAAAUACAGUAAUAACUAAAGAAGACCCGGAAAUCGAAAACGAACUUCCAGCACCGAACGAGAACUUUUUGGGAUCCGAAGCAAAGCCAAUCAGUGCUAAAACCAGAAGUGCGAAAACUGCUAUUCGAUCUACUAGGCCUAUUGAUGUCAUCGCUGUAGAUCCACAGCAAGCUAAUCCAGAUGCACCCGAAGUGGCUUUUAGCAGCGCAAACAGAGAUGAACACGGCCAAUCAAUGUUGCAUUUCGCGGCGGCUCGCACCCACACAAAAAACGCACUAUUUCAACUUCUACAAGAAACCGAUGUUAGCAUUGGUUAUAGAGAUGAAUUAUACCGAACCGCACGAGACAUAUCAAUACAGGCAAACGUUAUGGAGAACACGGUAGAGAUAGAUCGGUUUGUUCUACAUCUAGCAGCCAGAGGAAACACCGAUAAAAUAAUGGAGUUACUUAUGCAAGGCUAUGACCAUAUUCUGGAUGUAGUGGAUGAUGGAGGAGCUCCAAUCACUGAAGUUGUAUCUGAAAGGGACGAUACCGACAUGUCCAACUUGUUAGCUUCAAUACCUACUUUUGAGGAAUCUAGAGAUCGUCUCCACGGAGCCGUAAGACGAGGUGACUUAACGGAGGUACAACAAAUCCUCUCUGCUGAAGGUGGUCAGACCUUAGCGCGUUCCCAAAACUCGUACGGCAGAACCCCCCUUCAUGUAGCUGUGCUUGCGCAGAACGAAGACAUCGUCUCAUAUUUAGCGGAAUCCUUCCCGGAAUUAUUGAAAACAGGAGACAAUUUGGAAAGAACUCCGUUACAUUAUGCGAUGGGCGUUGAGAAAAUGGAAUCAUUAAGUCGCAUUCUAAUCAGAGCUGGUGCAAAGCGAGUCUUAAAGGAUCUCAAAGGGCGGCAACCUACCUAUUACUUCAUGAACAAGUCCGACAUAUUAAGAUUAAAAGAGGAAGAGGAAAUGUAUUAG